AUGAAAUCAACUUUUACGAGGUCUGCUUAGAGAAAUCUUGAAGAACAACCAGUUAGUUCUUAAUUCAAAGCAUCCUCUCAGUUACAUGCUGCUCUCCUUAAUGAGUAUAAGAGACCUGAAAAUUCGUCUAUGCCUAAAGUCACACUUACAUCCACAGGGAAAGACGCAGUCCGAUAAGCUAGACUCGAAAAAGAAGUCUAAAAAUUUGAAUAUACUUUGCAAUCUGAAGUUGCUUCACUGCCUAAACAUCCUGCACCGAUAUAUAGAGAACAAACAAAAGUAAGUUAUCAAAUUUAAUAUCAAGUUACUUAUUGAAAGGUAAAAGGAUAAUAGAAGAGAAAAGCAUCUGAAGUUUUGUGAUGAAUUUGAGAAAUGGGUCAAUCGUCUAAAUAAAAAUUUAGAAGAGGCUUAUAAAGAUAUUAAAAGAGAUAUUACAGAUUUCUUUUCUGAAUCAGAUCAAUAGAUAACUAGUUAUUAUUAAACACUUACUGAUGAAGCUUUGCUAAAAAGGGAAAUUGAAUUUGUGGAGAGUAUCCAUUCGACAGUUAAUGCGCAUAGAGAAAAAAGGGAAACCAAAGUCAAUGCACUUGAUAAACGACUAGAAGACUUAGAAAAAGAGAGAUUUAGAUCCUUAGAACUAUUCUGUAAUAGGUUCUAAGAAGGUCUAAUUGAUGUGGCAUUUCAAUUAGAACCAGAAAUAACCGCGCAUGUGGAUGUAUGAGCUCUUAUUAUACACUCAGACUUUCAGAGAAGCGUUUCGAAAGGUUGUGGCAGAGAAGAAAGCAGAUAAUUAAAUCUAUUUUCAAGAGGUCAAUAGACAACAUCAAGAGACAUUCAAAUUGUAUGACGAGACACAAUUUUAGAAAGAAUAACAGUGGAGAGAUUUAAAACAUUAGCAUUACAUUGAUGAAUUUAAUAUUGAUAUUUAGAAAUUAGAAUAUGUAUAUCCUGAUGAAAGAACAUAAUUAUAUGAUAAUUUUAGAAAAACUUAAAAGGAGAUAUUCAGAGAGAGAAAAUAAUUACUAGAGAAGCUAAAUUCUAUUGAUAUGGCGGCAUUAACAAAAACCAUUGUUGAAAAGUGGAUAGAUGAAACUAAAUCAUAUAAUGAAUUAGCAUCAUAAACUAUAGAUGUUUGUUGUAAUAAUUUAUUAGAAGAGACUAAAAAGACCCAUGCCUAUUGUAUGUAACGAUAUGAAUUAAUCAAAUCAUAAUUAUUGUAUGCUGGGGCUAAAUCAGAAGAAGAAUUAAAUUAACUAUUAGAUGAAUAAUUCCUGCCAUAAGUAAAUAGUCUCAAUCAAUCAGCUAGAGAUUUAAUGAAAUAGGCAAUUGAUUACUAUGAGAGAAUUGAUUAAUAAUAGACUGAUAUACUAACUAAUUUUGGCUAAUUUUUUAUGAAAAUAGCAUAGAAGAAUGAUGAAUACAAAACUGAAAUGCAAUUAUUAAUGCAUAAUUAUGAAAUCCAGAAAGCAUAAGCAGCAGAUAAAAAUGAUGAAGUGUUAGAGGAACUGACCAAAAAAUUGAAAGAAGAUAAACAAAAAUUAACAGAAGCAUUGCAUCACCCUCGUUUGGAAGAAUGCUUAGCCUAAUGCUAUAAGGAUUUGGAUUUAUUCGGAGAAGAAUAUGAAAGAUUUCAUUAAGAUAAUUUGGCUAUAGCUAAUUAACAUCCGAACAUAAUAAGAAAUAAGCAUUAGACGUUUGAAAAAUCAGUGUUAAGCAUUUUUGAACUAGUUGAUCCGCAAAAGGAAUAAUUCUUAUAGGAGAAAUACAGAAAGAUAGCUGAAACCAAAAUAAAAUACAUAAUUGCUAAGGAAGAAUACAACAAGAAGAUAGAAGAAGAGAAGCUAAUAGAAGAAGCCAAGAAUAAAAAAGGUGGUAAACCUCCAGCUACCAAACCAAAAGAUCCAAAAAAGUAUUAAUAAGAAAAUAUCAUAGAUUUUAAUAAGAAUUAGAGGACAGAAUGAAAUAAUUAUUAAAAGAAUAACCUCCUUAAGAAGUAGGUAAAUAUCACAGUGCCUUAGAUUAAUAAUUUGUUUAGUUUAGAUCUACUAUAGAAAUUGCAGAACGUAUGUACGUUCCACCUGAUGAAAUGGAACAAGUAUUAGCUAAAGAGAAGUUAGAGGCUGAUGAUAUUGAAUUACAUUUGUAAUAACAAAAUGCUCCAAAGGACCCUAAAGCAAAACCUGCAGUUCCUCCUCCUAUUGAAUUACCUAAUUAUGUUCCAGAGGAGGAUGCUCCUAAGAAAGCGGUCGAUUUUGCUGAAUAACCUCCUAUUAAUAUAUUAAAUUAGGCUGUUUUAGAACAGGAUGCAGUAAUAACAAUUGACUAUUUGUCAUCAUUAUUGAAUCAAGCGCAAUAAAAGUUGUUUGAUUACAUAGCAAAUUGUCUUAACCAUUAAAAUCAAUAAGCUAAUGAAAGUGACCAUGAAUUUAUAAAAUAAUCUGAAAAUUAUAGGGAUGAAAAAUAGGCUUAAAUUCAUCCACAAAAAUAAGAAAUCAAAAACACCAUAUAUGAUCUAAGAAGUCAAUAAAUAACUAUGCAUAAAAAAAGGUGAUAUUAAAUUUUAAAUUAAUUAGAUAUGAACGAUANUAUUAGAUGAAUAAUUCCUGCCAUAAGUAAAUAGUCUCAAUCAAUCAGCUAGAGAUUUAAUGAAAUAGGCAAUUGAUUACUAUGAGAGAAUUGAUUAAUAAUAGACUGAUAUACUAACUAAUUUUGGCUAAUUUUUUAUGAAAAUAGCAUAGAAGAAUGAUGAAUACAAAACUGAAAUGCAAUUAUUAAUGCAUAAUUAUGAAAUCCAGAAAGCAUAAGCAGCAGAUAAAAAUGAUGAAGUGUUAGAGGAACUGACCAAAAAAUUGAAAGAAGAUAAACAAAAAUUAACAGAAGCAUUGCAUCACCCUCGUUUGGAAGAAUGCUUAGCCUAAUGCUAUAAGGAUUUGGAUUUAUUCGGAGAAGAAUAUGAAAGAUUUCAUUAAGAUAAUUUGGCUAUAGCUAAUUAACAUCCGAACAUAAUAAGAAAUAAGCAUUAGACGUUUGAAAAAUCAGUGUUAAGCAUUUUUGAACUAGUUGAUCCGCAAAAGGAAUAAUUCUUAUAGGAGAAAUACAGAAAGAUAGCUGAAACCAAAAUAAAAUACAUAAUUGCUAAGGAAGAAUACAACAAGAAGAUAGAAGAAGAGAAGCUAAUAGAAGAAGCCAAGAAUAAAAAAGGUGGUAAACCUCCAGCUACCAAACCAAAAGAUCCAAAAAAGUAUUAAUAAGAAAAUAUCAUAGAUUUUAAUAAGAAUUAGAGGACAGAAUGAAAUAAUUAUUAAAAGAAUAACCUCCUUAAGAAGUAGGUAAAUAUCACAGUGCCUUAGAUUAAUAAUUUGUUUAGUUUAGAUCUACUAUAGAAAUUGCAGAACGUAUGUACGUUCCACCUGAUGAAAUGGAACAAGUAUUAGCUAAAGAGAAGUUAGAGGCUGAUGAUAUUGAAUUACAUUUGUAAUAACAAAAUGCUCCAAAGGACCCUAAAGCAAAACCUGCAGUUCCUCCUCCUAUUGAAUUACCUAAUUAUGUUCCAGAGGAGGAUGCUCCUAAGAAAGCGGUCGAUUUUGCUGAAUAACCUCCUAUUAAUAUAUUAAAUUAGGCUGUUUUAGAACAGGAUGCAGUAAUAACAAUUGACUAUUUGUCAUCAUUAUUGAAUCAAGCGCAAUAAAAGUUGUUUGAUUACAUAGCAAAUUGUCUUAACCAUUAAAAUCAAUAAGCUAAUGAAAGUGACCAUGAAUUUAUAAAAUAAUCUGAAAAUUAUAGGGAUGAAAAAUAGGCUUAAAUUCAUCCACAAAAAUAAGAAAUCAAAAACACCAUAUAUGAUCUAAGAAGUCAAUAAAUAACUAUGCAUAAAAAAAGGUGAUAUUAAAUUUUAAAUUAAUUAGAUAUGAACGAUAUGCAAAGUAAUUAGUAGAAAGGAUUGAUGAUCAAACUGAAUAAAUCAAUUUAUUAUUGGAAAGUGGAUUAUUGGAUAUGAAAGAUUACAUUUAAGAGUAGCAAACUCUUAAAAACAAUUUACAAUCAGCAACUACUUUAGCCAAAUUAUAAGGAAUUCAAAAUACUGUUAAAGAGAACUAUUUCAAAUUUGGAGAAAGUAAAUAAUUGAUUUAUCGUAGAAAUAAAUGAUUUGGAAUAAAAAUUAAGUUAUUUGGCAAAUUAAGAAUUGGAUGUGUUAUUGCAAAAAAAUAAAGACUUUAUGAGAGAUUGCAAGCCAAAUGAAUAUUUUAAAGAAGAAUUAGAAUGGUAUCAAUAAAUGAUGGAUGAACAUAACGCUACAAUUGUUAAGCAUAAAGAGAAGAGAACAUAAAGAUUAGAAGAAAUUAAGAAGGUGUUAACAGCCAAAAGAUAAGAAUAAUUGGAUAAGUUUGAAUAAGAAUACAUUGUCGCUGUUGAAGAUUUAGCAGCUAAGGAUGGAACUGGAAAGAAGUAUGGAAGACCUAAAAGAAUAGCUUAAGAAAAAUUAAGAACAGAAAUGACUAAAUGUGAAAAGGCAUAAGAAUGCAUUAAUUUGAAAAUACAAGAAUUGAAGGAUCAUUAUGAUUUAUUCAAAAAAAAAUAAGGUGACUAUUUUGCUAAUCUUGACCCUUCAUUUUCAAUUAAAAUUAGAAAAAUAUUAAGUGGAGCAUUGGUUUGUAUCAAAAGGUAUGCAACUCACAUCGAAGCACUUAAACCAGAUAAUAAAGUUAUAGAUAUGCCAAGGAGCACAUGGAAGGAAAAUAAAUUUGAUACUAUUUUAGAGAACGAAGAGUAAUAAGAAGAUAAAAAAAUAAUUGAAAAUGAUUUAGAAAGUAUGGGACCAUUAUUUUAUACCGAAAAGAAACUAUAGGAAAGUUUAAUUGAGAUUGAAAAAAUAAUUAAAGAAGAAGCAAUUAAAAUUUACUCUGAUAAAUAGAAAUUCUUAACAGGAGCUGAUAAAAUCCCAGAUUAUCUUAGAGCUUAUAUUGAGAAUAUGUAAAGGAAUAUGAACGAAUUCAGAAUAUAAUCUAUUAGAGAACUCAGAAAUGCAUGUGAAGAAUUAUCAGAAAUGUCUCCAAAGCUUAGUGAAAUGAUUUUAUUCUCAAAUCAUUAAAGAUGGAUUUUCACUUUGUAAAUGAUUAACUCGAAUUUAUGGAAUGAAUUACAAUAAGAAUAGAGAAAAUAAGAGAAUAUUAAAAAGACUCAUUAGAAAUAACUAAGACCUAAUUUAGGAAAUCCAUAAUUAAAAGACGAAUUAGAUGAUCUUAAAUCAAGAGAAUCAAAAAGACUUUCUGAUUUUUUGGAAUUAUUAUCAAAAUAUUAAGUAACUCUUUUUGAUGAGAAUUUUAAUUUAGGAGAUAAAUAUUUGAAAGCUGCAAGUUAAAAUUUUGAAUUUCUUUUGCUUAUUUAUGAUUCGCUAUUGUUAUUCGAGGAUUUUAUUAAAUUACCUGGAGAUGAAUAAAUACAAAAGAAGCAUUAGAAUUUAAAAGUUUCUUUGAGAUAGAAGUAAAAUGGUUAAAUCAUAGAUACAAAUUCAGAAAGAUCUCUAAGUAAAACGUGGGAAGGUGUUUAAUUGGAAAUGUUUACGAUAGGGGAUAGAAUUAUUCAAUAUAAUUGGCAAAUCAAUUAAGUAAUAAAGGUAGAUCCAAAGGAUGCAAAAAAUAAAGCUCCAGAAGUUAAGAAACCUGCUGCAGGAGGAAAGCAAUAGGAAAUUGAAAAACCCGUUUAGACUACUACAACGUAUUCUAUAUAUAAAAUAACUUUAGGCCAUUAAAAUCAUUUAAAACUUUCAGAUAGAUAUCAGCCAAACAUGAGUUCUUUAAAUCAAUAAAUGAAUUUGUAAUAGAAUAUAAGAGAUAAGUUGAUUAUACAAAAGACUAAAUAAAAUUACUUAGCGAAAGAGAGUUAAAGUUCCAAUUCAAAUGGGAAUAAAGCAUUGCUUCUUUGUGA